UGUCGAUCUCGAAUUAAUACGAAGGGACACAAGUGAUAAAUCAGAGUUUAAGACGUUACAGUGAUUGUCGAAAUUAGCUCGAUCCGUACGACAUACAAAUUGCCGGGCAGAAGCACGAAUUCCAGUAGCAGCAAGAAGACAGUGAUCGAGUAGACGUUUGACCAAUUUGCAAUCCAUCAGAUCGGCUCCAGGCAGGCAGUAAUCGGUCCGUACUCCGUAAGCAGUUAGAAUUUGAGUGAAUUUGUGCAAUACAGACUCAACUCCGGGCGUUCAGCAUCAUUGAAAAGGUCACGUCUACUGUACAAAACGCCCUAGCAUCUCCAUAGAACGAUCUAACAAAAAACAAGGACAAUUUAACAAAAACAAGCGACACCUCAUCGCCGCUGAAGCACUGAACAAACCACCCAACACGCAUUUGGGACAUAACUCAAACGCUCCUGGUAAAUUAAGGGGAUAAAUCAGACGGCAAAUCAAUUCGAUUCUAACAUACGUCUGGCUGCAAUAGGCCUAUUAUUGUAAAUAAUUGCAGAAGAAGGUCUCGGUGAAUAGGAAAACAGCUGAUAUAGCAAAUACGAUGGCGACUUCAUCCAAUGAUGCUCUGGAAGGGAAGGUUGUUCUGAUCCCGGUUGAUGGGAGCCAGCACGCGGAAGAUGCAUUCGAAUGGUAUCUACACUACCUCCACAAACCAGAACUGAGUGUGUGUGUUCUACACUGCCACGAAAUUAAGCUUCCCACAUAUCCAGUGCCUUUUGAACUAAAUGAGGCCGAUCUAUUAAAGUUAAUGGAAGAAGACAAGAUCAAGUACAAAGAACUACUGGAAAAAUAUAAAAGCCGGAUGGCAGAAGCUAAUGUUAAAGGUCAAGUGAAAUCAAUAAAUGGCAAACCGGGAGAGGCUAUAGUUAAAUGUGCUGUUGAAUACGAUGCUGACAUGAUCGUCAUGGGGUCACGUGGUCUUGGUGCCAUACGACGUACGUUCAUUGGCUCAGUCAGUGAUUACGUACUACAUCACGUGAACGUCCCAGUUUUGGUGAUUCCUAAGAGAAAGUAAAGGACUGCUAAAAUUCUCAAAAGUUGAUAUCAUUAGACAUUAUUUAAAUGCAUUCUAGACAUUUAGAUCACGUGGACUAAAUGUACUGCCAUGUGGAUUUGUUAUAUUUGUGUAUAUUCUCAAAAUAUGGACUUCAAGAGAAGGCUAUGUUACUCUGUGUUCCAAAGGGUUCCAAAUAUGAGGACUUCAAAAUGAGCAUUGUCACGCUUCCUUUUCAUCAUAUUUUCAAUGUGUAUAUGGAUAACAUAUAAAUGUGUAUGGUUUAGUAUUAGUCUGAAGAAAAAUCAAUCCAUAGAUAAUUGAACCAUUAAAUAUGUUUAAACUCAGUUGAAAGUAAACAAAAAUGAUCAAACAGAGGUAGAGAAGAGGUAUCAAAAUUUUUUCUUCGAAUGUUGGAUUAUGGGAAAUUAUUCAGGAACACAUUCCAAUAAAAUUAUAAUAUGCUUGAGAAUACAAACUU